AUGUUUCCUCCUAGUGAGAGAUUUAUAUACCACUUCAAUUCUAAAGAAGAGCUUAAAAAAUGGCAUUUAUAUUCAGAUUCUGAAUAUGGAGGUUUAUCAUCUGCUGCAUUGGAGAUCACUGAUGCUGGAAGGGAACAGAGUGGUUGCACUGGAGUUUUCUCUAUGAAUCUAUCUCUGGAUGUUACGGAUAGUACAAAAUGGAAUAUUGGCUGGAGUGGAUUAUGUGGAAUGAGGUCUAAAAAGGUCGACGUCAACCCUUUUACUUUUGUUAUUUGCAUGUUUACCCGCUGA